AUGUUGGUCCUCCUCCCCGUGGCCUUUGCGGCCACGCUCAGGACCUCCAUCGCCCUUGACCAUGGCCUCUCCCCAGACCCCAAGUCCCGCCCGUCACCACCACAAGUCACUGACGGUAACUUCUUGGCCACGGCCGCUAGCGCUCUCGUUGCAGUCGUCCUCUACAUAUUGCAGACCGUUCAGUCCGCCAUCACCCUCGUGACCAUUGACAUACCAACCUCUGUAGUGCGCAUGUUGCACUACUCGGCGACAAUCUCUCUCGGCUUCCCUCACUUCGCGGCACUAUUUAUCGGCCUCGCUGGUGUGGUCUUCUUCUUCGUUCGCUACAGGUACCUCACUCGUUACACCCAACUCAAGGAAGCGGCCCUUCCUCCUCCUUCUCCUCCUAACCUUACAAACGACCUUCCUCUUCUUCAAGAUUCCCUCGUCACCAAUCCCGUGGGUCGCCCAACAAACCCCCUUCACGCCUAUCUAGACGACUUCCUGUCCGCUAUUCGUAUCUUCGGCUAUCUCGAGAAGCCCGUGUUUCACGAGCUGAGCCGGCACAUCCAAACCCGCCGCCUUGCAGCAGGAGAGACGGUCGAGAUCGGCGGCGGCGAGUUCUGGUGUGUCGUCGACGGCCAUGUCCAGGUGUACGCGCCUACUGGGCAGGAAAAUCCGCCCUCCCCAGACCCAUUCGGUCCGUCCUUCUCUAACGGAUACAGCCUCCUGAACGAGGUCUCGACGGGAGGGACCCUCUCGUCUCUCUUCUCGAUUCUAUCGCUGUUCACCGAGGACAUCAAGCUUCCUUGGGUUUCUGAUGACAGCGAGAGAGACGGUGGAUCACGCCGUCUGUCUCGCGCCAACUCAGACGUCAGUCAGUUAGAUGGCAGGAUCAUGGGGUUAAGCAUGACCCGGGACACGUCGUCGCACGGCAGCGAGACUCGGUCCCGUGAGUCCCUGGAGGUCGAGGACUCCAGACGAUGCUCGGGGGAUGAUCCAGCUCGUGCCCGCUCGAACUCGAUGAACACGGCCGAUGGGACAGCAAGGCAUUCGUCUCUGUCUCCAGAGCUGUCCUCAAUUGACGGGCUCUACACGAACGGAGGCUCGCAAUCACUACCGGGCACUACCCCUCAAUCACCUGCCAUCCCUCCAAACCGCAUUCGCCCUGCGUUCAAGCAAAAGUACCAGCGCGAGCGGCGACAGGGCGGAUUCGAGACGCCGGACUCGCGCCACCCUCGUACUCCGUUCAGUGCCGCGACCAUCGAGGGUACCGUCGCGCGCGCGACUGUAGACAGCACCCUCGCAGUUAUCCCAAUCGAGGCGUUCAAGAAGCUCAUACACAAGUUUCCCAAAGCCACUGGAUCUAUUGUCCAGGUCGUACUGGAGCGCUUCAGCCGUGUGACGUUCAUGACUGCUCACAAGUUCUUGGGUUUGACCAAGGAGAUUCUGCGCUCCGAGGCGACUCUCAACACUCUCGUCUCGUAUCCCCUUCCUCGCGACUUCUACACUGGCGGAGGAAUGCAGGCGUUGCGUGAGAAGUUCCAACCCGAGAGUAUGCCUUCUCGCAAGUUUUCGACCACAAGUACCAGCGACUACUUCUCAGAGCAGCCAAGUCCCACUGUGAGAGCCCCCUCGCUUCCCUCGUCAACCCCUUACAAGUCCAAUACUCCAGCGACGAAGGUGUCCCGUCUUCCCUCAAAGGAGCUGAUUGACGACACGUACGAACAUGACAACGACAGAAUCGUCGCAAGUCCGGUGUCCACGUCUAGCAUGCGCCCAAAGUCCAGGGGUUCAAGCAGUCCGAGGAAGAUUGCCGCAUCCGGGCUCACCAUCACUCCUGUUCAGACUACUAAAGCUACCAAAGAUGGGAGCCCAGUCCAGUCUGAAUACUUCUCCCCACCACCGUCCUCAGCUCAACGCUCCAACACUUUCACUCGACAGGCAUCCGCGAUGCGCAAGGAAGUCACACCAGGAGACCUGGCCACAACGCACGGUCAUGAUGCCGAUGUCGGCGACACAUACUACCGGCCUCUCAAAACACCCGGACUUCCUCGCAUGGAUACAUGGCGUGGGCGCACACCUGUCUCAUCCAAUUCCUUUGUCGGAUCGAGACUGGAUUCGGCCAUCGACGACGAGGGUGAUCUCCGUGAGGCUCUCGUCAACUGCAUCGCCAAGUCGAUUGGCCUCUUCCAGCCGGCGAACAUUCAAAUCGACUCCAGCCAAGGCCAGUCCUCCUUCGCUCCGUCUAUGGCAAUGUCUGCGCAGGGCUCACCCCUGUUCCACCCGGCCCAGCGCGCGAUGCUCAACGGCCGCGCUGCUUUCGGGAACGUCCUUGACAUGAUGAAUGCCUCGGGACCGGACAACAACAACGUCAGCGGCCUUCUCCGAGAGAGUCUUUUCAGGGCGCGUGUGGAGGAAGAUGAGGGCAGCAGCGUGUCGGCCAGUUUCCGCGGGGAGAGCUCUCACGGUAUCGAUAGUGACGUUAACCAGAAGAUUCUGAGGGACAUGGGUGAGCGCAUUGAGGUGCUCUACUUCAAGAAGGGUUCAACUCUGGUCAAGCAGGGGGAGCGUUCGUCUGGGCUCUACUAUGUCAUCGACGGCUUCCUCGACGUUUCGAUCAAGACGGCUGGUGACCCAUGGGCUGAGGAUCAAACUGUCAGCACUCAGAUGUCCAAACGUCCCUUUGGUGCCGCUAUGGGCCAUCCUGAGCCCCAAUCGCCAGGUUGGCAGCAGCCGCUUAAGAAGGAUGAAGAGCAGCUUUUCACGGUCAAGCCUGGAGGCCUUGCGGGAUACCUGGCAUCGCUGUGCGGAACCGAGUCCUACGUGAACAUUACCGCCAAGACCGACUGUUUUGUUGGCUUCCUUCCUCAGAGUGCCCUUGAGCAUAUCAUGGAGCGUCGCCCCAUUGUUCUCUUAACCCUGGCAAAGCGUCUCCUGUCUCUCCUCUCACCGCUUGUCCUGCAUAUCGAUGCUGGGCUGGACUGGAUUCAGCUGGAUGCUGGGCAAAUCUUGUAUGAGAAAGGGGCCCAAGCUACGGACUUCUAUAUCGUCAUCAACGGUCGACUCCGUUCGGUGGUCAAAAAGGCCGAGAGUGAGAGCGUGGACGUCAUUCAAGAGUAUGCCCAGAACGAUUCGAUUGGAGAGCUGGACGUCAUGACCGGGCAUUCCCGUUCGAACACAGUCCAGGCUAUCCGAGAGAGUGAACUCGUCCGUAUUCCGGCCGCACUCUUCGACGCCCUCAGCAUGCGUCACCCAGCCACCACUGUCCAGUUCAUGCGUCUUAUCGCUGGCGAGGUACGCAAGCAUGCCAACGAACAGCACGCCGCAAUCCAUCACGCCAGCAACAUGUCAUACGAGCUGCGUGCCGACAUGAACUUGAAGACCGUCUGCAUUCUGGGCAAUAACCGCAACGUGCCGGUUGCACAGUUCGCAGCCAAGCUGAAGACGUCCCUCGAGGAGAUGGGUGCUCCGGCGUCUUACCUUGACCAGGCGACAGUUAUGAGACACUUGGGACGCCACGCGUUCACGCGCAUGGGUGCCCUCAAGAUCGCUGGGUGGCUGUCCGAUCAGGAGCAGCGGCAUCGGGUUGUUCUGUAUGUGGCCGACUCAACUCCGUCAAGCCAGUGGACCAUGACGUGUGUUCGGCAAGCGGAUCUGGUGCUGGUCCUCGGCAUGGGUGAUGACCCCUCCCUUGGAGAGUACGAAAAACUGCUGCUGGCCAUGAAAUCGUACGCUCGGAAAGAGCUCAUCCUCCUCCACGACGACCGUACAGUCCCCCCUGGUUCUACCCGUCUCUGGCUCAAGCAUCGCCCAUGGUUACAGGCACAUUACCACGUCGAGAUGCCUGGAGUCGUGACAACGUCCAAGCCUGGCAAGGUCCAUGACCCAGCCGCGGUCGCCGCAUUCAAGCACCUCCGCGAACGCGUUGAGACAAGCAUCAAGAAGUACCGCGGACUGCGACCCCUUAACCGUCCUCGUCGACCACCGCACAUGAAUGACUUUGCACGCAUUGCCCGUCGUCUCUGCGGCAAACAGGUUGGCGUGUGUCUCAGUGGGGGCGGCGCCCGCGGAAUUUCGCACAUCGGCAUGCUCCAGGCGCUGGAGGAGUGCGGCGUCCCUGUAGACGCGGUUGCCGGCUGCUCCAUUGGUGCCAUGGUAGGCGGUCUGUACUCACGCGAGACCGACCUGCUGCAGGUCGUCGGUCGCCUCAAGCAGUUCGCCGGCCGUAUGGGCUCUUUGUUCCGCAUCCUGAGCGACGUGACGUACCCGUAUGUUGCGUACACCACUGGCCACGAGUUCAACCGUGGUAUCUACAAAGCAUUCUACAACACCCACAUCGAGGACUUCUGGAUCCCCUUCUACUGCAACUCGACCAACAUCACUCACUCCCGUAUGGAGAUUCACCGCUCCGGUUACGCAUGGCGUUUCGUUCGUGCGUCGAUGACUCUGGCUGGCUUAUUACCCCCUCUAUCUGAGAACGGCAUGCUUCUUGUCGACGGUGGUUACAUGGACAACACGCCAAUUGGCCCCCUUCGCGCAAGCGGCAUCCGCGACAUCAUCGUCGUCGACGUGGGGUCGAUCGACGACACUUCGCCCCGUGUGUAUGGCGAUUCGGUGUCGGGUUGGUGGCUGUUUAUCCAGAGAUUCAACCCGUUCUCCAAGGCCUUGGUUCCCUCGAUGACAGAGAUCUCCUCUCGCCUUACAUAUGUGUCGAGCGUCAAGCAGCUCGACGACGUGAAGAACGACCCCAACUGCCUUUACAUGGCGAUGCCGGUGCAGCAGUUUGAGACGCUUGGCGGCUUCAAGCAGUUCCCGGAAGUUCGCCAGAUCGGUCAUGAAGCGGCGCGAAAGAAGCUGAAGGAGUGGUCACUCGCGGGCAGGCUUCCCAGAGGCAUAGUGGACGGCUAUAAGCCGCCGCAGCUGACGCGACGAGGCACGCGCGUUCGGCGCAUGUCGAUUUAA